GCAGCGCCCCCUCACGUCCACAGCGUGCGCUCCACAGGGCCAGCCAAGUCAAGGGAUGGUGAGCGUACGGUGUACUGCAGCGUGCACAAGCACGAGCCUCUCGUGCUGUUCUGUGAGAGCUGUGACACCCUGACCUGCCGGGACUGCCAGCUCAACGCCCAUAAGGACCACCAAUACCAGUUCCUGGAAGAUGCAGUGAGGAACCAGCGCAAGCUCCUGGCCUCACUGGUGAAGCGCCUCGGGGACAAGCAUGCGACGCUGCAGAAGAACACCAAGGAGGUUCGCAGCUCGAUCCGCCAAGUGUCUGAUGUACAGAAGCGUGUGCAGGUGGAUGUUAAGAUGGCCAUCUUGCAGAUCAUGAAGGAACUGAACAAGCGGGGCCGUGUGUUGGUCAACGAUGCUCAGAAGGUGACUGAAGGGCAGCAGGAGCGCCUGGAGCGACAACACUGGACCAUGACCAAGAUCCAGAAACACCAGGAACACAUCCUGCGCUUUGCCUCAUGGGCUCUGGAGAGUGACAACAACACGGCCCUGCUGCUCUCCAAGAAGCUGAUUUACUUCCAGCUGCAUCGGGCCCUCAAGAUGAUUGUGGACCCUGUGGAGCCACAUGGCGAGAUGAAGUUCCAGUGGGACCUCAAUGCCUGGACCAAGAGUGCAGAGGCUUUUGGCAAGAUUGUGGCAGAGCGUCCUGGCACCAACUCAACAGGCCCUACAUCCAUGGCCCCUCCUCGGGCUCCAGGGCCCUUGAGCAAGCAGAGCUCUGGCAGCAGCCAGCCCAUGGAGGUGCAGGAAGGCUAUGGCUUUGGCUCAGACGAUCCUUACUCGAGUGCAGAGCCCCAUGUGUCAGGUGUGAAGCGGUCCCGCUCAGGUGAGGGCGAGGUGAGUGGCCUCAUGCGCAAGGUGCCACGGGUGAGCCUCGAGCGCUUGGACCUGGAUCUCACGGCUGAUAGUCAGCCACCAGUUUUCAAGGUCUUCCCAGGCAGCACCACUGAGGAUUAUAACCUCAUUGUCAUUGAGCGUGGUGCUGCAGCUGCUGCCGCGGGACAGCCUGGGACUGCUCCACCCGGGGCCCCAGGUGCCCCACCACUGCCUGGCAUGGCCAUAGUCAAGGAGGAAGAGACAGAGGCUGCCAUUGGAGCCCCGCCUUCUGCCGCUGAGGGGCCUGAGACCAAGCCUGUGCUGAUGGCCCUGGCAGAGGGCCCUGGUGCUGAGGGCCCCCGCCUGGCCUCACCCAGUGGCAGCACCAGUUCAGGUCUAGAGGUGGUGGCUCCAGAGGGCACUUCAGCCCCAGCAGGUGGCCCAGGCGCCCUGGAUGACAGUGCCACCAUCUGCCGCGUCUGCCAGAAGCCGGGAGAUCUGGUCAUGUGCAACCAGUGCGAAUUCUGCUUCCACCUGGACUGCCACCUGCCUGCCCUGCAGGAUGUGCCAGGGGAGGAGUGGAGUUGCUCUCUCUGCCAUGUGCUACCCGAUCUGAAAGAGGAAGAUGGUAGCCUGAGCCUGGAUGGUGGUGAUAGCACCGGUGUGGUGGCCAAGCUCUCGCCAGCCAACCAGCAGAAGUGUGAGCGUGUCUUGCUGGCCCUGUUUUGUCAUGAGCCCUGCCGGCCCCUGCACCAGCUGGCUACUGACUCCACUUUCUCCCUGGAUCAGCCUGGCGGCACCCUGGACCUAACCCUGAUCCGUGCCCGUCUCCAGGAGAAGUUGUCACCCCCCUAUAGUUCCCCCCAGGAGUUUGCCCAGGAUGUGGGCCGCAUGUUUAAGCAGUUCAACAAGCUGACAGAGGACAAGGCAGACGUGCAGUCCAUCAUCGGCCUGCAGCGCUUCUUUGAGACUCGCAUGAACGAGGCCUUUGGUGACACCAAGUUCUCAGCUGUGUUGGUGGAGCCCCCGCCGCUGAGCCUGCCUAGUGCUGGCCUGAGUGCCCAGGAGCUAUCCAGUGGUCCUGGUGAUGGCCCCUGAGUCUGUGGCCUCUCAGGCCAACCUGGCCUGACUCUGUUCUCUGUCCUGUCCAAUCCUCCCCCCUUCCCCAACCUCCCCCCUGUGGUGGCCUGGCUCCUACUUCUUGGUGGCCCCAUCCCCCAGCCCCUCACGAUAUGGUUUUUACUUAUGUGGAUUUAAUAAAAACUUCACCAGUUCCUCA